AUGGGAGAUGCUGAAAUGGCGGUGUUUGGGGCGGCAGCUCCAUACCUGCGCAAGUCAGACAGGGAGCGGCUGGAGGCCCAGACUCGGCCCUUCGACAUGAAGAAGGAGUGCUUUGUGCCCGACCCCGACGAGGAGUUUGUCAAGGCCUCCGUCAUAGGUCGAGACGGCGACAAAGUCACUGUGGAGACAUACAAAGGGAAGGCGGUAACAGUCAAAGAAUCUGAGAUCCUGCAGCAAAACCCUCCGAAGUUCGACAAGAUCGAGGACAUGGCCAUGUUGACGUUCCUGCACGAGCCGGCUGUGCUGUACAACCUCAAAGAGCGUUACGCAGUCUGGAUGAUCUACACCUACUCUGGGUUGUUCUGCGUCACCGUGAACCCCUACAAGUGGUUACCGGUGUACGAUCAGGCAGUGGUCCUCGCUUACAGAGGAAAGAAGAGGAGUGAAGCUCCUCCUCACAUCUUCUCCAUCUCGGACAACGCCUACCAGUACAUGCUCACGGACCGCGAGAACCAGUCCAUCCUGAUCACCGGAGAAUCCGGUGCUGGGAAGACUGUGAACACCAAGAGGGUCAUUCAGUACUUUGCCAGCAUCGCGGCGGGAGGAGGGAAGAAGGACCUCGUCGCUCAAAACAAGGGGACCCUGGAGGAUCAAAUCAUUCAGGCCAACCCAGCCCUGGAGGCUUUUGGUAACGCCAAGACCAUCCGAAACGACAACUCGUCAAGAUUUGGCAAAUUCAUUCGCAUCCAUUUUGAUACUCGUGGAAAACUGGCCUCUGCUGACAUCGAGACUUAUCUCCUGGAGAAGUCACGUGUCAUCUUUCAGCUGAGGGCUGAGAGAGAUUAUCACAUCUUCUAUCAAAUCCUGUCCAACAGGAAGCCUGAAAUACUGGAGAUGUUGCUGGUGACCAACAACCCGUAUGACUACGCCUUCAUCUCCCAAGGAGAAACCACAGUUGCAUCAAUUGAUGAUACUGAGGAACUGAUGGCCACAGAUAACGCUUUUGAUGUUCUGGGCUUCAUUCAAGAAGAGAAGAACUCUGUGUACAAGCUGACUGGUGCCAUCAUGCACUACGGCAACAUGAAGUUCAAGCAGAAGCAGCGUGAGGAGCAAGCAGAAGCUGAUGGCACUGAGGAUGCUGACAAAGCUGCCUAUUUGAUGGGUCUGAACUCUGCAGACCUUGUCAAGGGUUUAUGCCAUCCAAGGGUCAAAGUAGGAAACGAAUGGGUCACUAGGGGACAAAAUGUCCAACAAGUGAAUUAUGCCGUUGGUGCCCUUGCAAAGUCAGUUUAUGAGAGGAUGUUCUUUUGGAUGGUGGGGAGAAUAAACCAAACUUUGGAGACCAAGCAGCCUCGCCAGUACUUUAUUGGUGUGCUGGACAUUGCUGGCUUCGAGAUUUUUGAUUUCAACACCUUCGAACAGCUCUGCAUCAACUUCACUAAUGAGAAGCUGCAGCAGUUCUUCAACCACCACAUGUUUGUACUGGAGCAGGAAGAGUACAAGAAAGAAGGCAUUGAGUGGGAGUUCAUCGACUUCGGCAUGGACCUGCAAGCUUGUAUAGAUCUCAUUGAGAAGCCCAUGGGAAUCAUGUCCAUCCUUGAAGAGGAGUGCAUGUUCCCCAAGGCCAACGAUACCACUUUCAAAGCAAAGCUGUAUGACAACCAUCUGGGAAAAUCUAGCAACUUCCAGAAGCCCAGAAUUGUUAAAGGGAAACCAGAGGCCCACUUUGCCCUGAUCCAUUAUGCUGGUACCGUGGACUACAAUAUUAGCAACUGGUUGGUGAAGAACAAGGACCCUCUGAAUGAGACUGUGGUUGCACUGUACCAGAAAUCAUCUCUCAAGUUGCUAGCCACACUUUUUGCUAACUACUCUAGUGCAGAUCAAGCUAUGCAAGAUGCAAAAGAAGGAAAGAAAGAAAAGAAGAAAAAAGGAUCUUCUUUCCUAACUGUGUCUGCUCUUCACAGGGAAAACCUCAAUAAGCUGAUGACGAACCUGAGGUCAACCCACCCCCACUUUGUGCGCUGCAUCAUCCCCAAUGAGACCAAGACUCCUGGGGCCAUGGACAACCCUCUGGUCAUGCACCAGCUGCGCUGUAAUGGUGUGCUGGAAGGCAUCAGGAUCUGCAGAAAGGGCUUCCCCAACAGGAUCCUCUAUGGAGACUUCAAACAGAGAUAUCGCAUCCUCAACCCUUCUGCUAUCCCAGAGGGUCAGUUCAUCGACAGCAGAAAGGGAGCUGAGAAACUGCUGGGUUCCCUGGACAUUGACCACAAUCAGUACAGGUUUGGACAUACCAAGGUGUUCUUCAAGGCUGGUCUUCUGGGUCAUUUAGAGGAGAUGAGAGAUGAACGUCUUGCCAAAAUCAUUACAGCCAUCCAGGCCCGAUCGCGGGGGCUCCUCUCCAGAAUUGAAUACCAGAAGAUGGUGGAUCGCAGAGAUGCACUACUUGUCAUCCAGUGGAAUGUGCGAGCCUUCAUGAGUGUGAAAAACUGGCCCUGGAUGAAGCUCUACUUCAAGAUUAAACCUUUGCUGAGGUCUGCUGAGGCUGAAAAGGAGAUGGCCAACCUGAAGGAGGAGUUCCUGAAACUUAAAGAGGCUUAUGCUAAAUCUGAGGCCCGCAGAAAAGAGCUGGAAGAGAAGAUGGUCUCUCUUCUCCAAGAGAAGAAUGACCUUCAGUUACAAGUCCAGGCUGAGCAAGACAAUCUUUGUGACGCUGAAGAGAGAUGUGAUCAACUGAUAAAAAACAAGAUCCAGAUGGAGGCCAAAGUCAAAGAACUCACAGAAAGGCUGGAGGAUGAGGAGGAGAUGAAUGCAGAGCUGACUGCUAAGAAGAGGAAGCUGGAGGAUGAGUGUUCUGAGCUGAAGAAGGACAUUGAUGACCUGGAGCUCACUCUAGCUAAAGUGGAGAAGGAGAAACAUGCCACUGAGAACAAGGUAAAGAACCUGACUGAAGAAAUGGCAGCUUUGGAUGAUAUCAUUGCCAAACUGACCAAGGAGAAGAAGGCUCUGCAGGAAGCUCACCAGCAAACCCUGGAUGACCUGCAGAGUGAGGAGGACAAAGUGAACACACUGACCAAGGCCAAAGCCAAACUGGAGCAACAAGUUGAUGAUCUUGAAGGGUCUCUUGAGCAAGAAAAAAAGGUACGGAUGGAUCUUGAGAGGGCAAAAAGAAAGCUGGAAGGAGAUUUGAAAUUGACCCAAGAAAGCGUAAUGGACCUAGAGAACGACAAGCAACAGCUGGAAGAAAGGCUGAAAAAGAAAGACUUUGAGAUCAACCAGCUCAACAGUAAAAUUGAGGAUGAACAGGCUAUGAUUGGACAGCUCCAGAAGAAACUGAAAGAGCUGCAGGCUCGUGUGGAAGAGCUGGAGGAGGAGCUGGAGGCUGAAAGAGCUGCUCGUGCCAAGGUGGAGAAGCAGAGGGCAGACUUGUCCAGAGAGCUGGAGGAGAUCAGCGAGAGGCUGGAGGAGGCUGGUGGGGCCACAGCUGCCCAGAUUGAGAUGAACAAGAAGAGGGAGGCAGAGUUCCUGAAGCUGCGUAGAGACCUCGAAGAGGCGACACUGCAGCAUGAAGCUACAGCUGCCACACUGAGGAAGAAACAUGCUGACAGUGUGGCUGAUCUGGGGGAGCAGAUCGACAACCUGCAGAGAGUGAAGCAGAAGCUGGAGAAGGAGAAGAGCGAGCUGAAAAUGGAGCUAGAUGACGUUGUCUCCAACAUGGAGCAAAUUGUCAAGUCCAAGACAAAUCUGGAGAAGAUGAGCAGAACUCUGGAAGAUCAAGCCAGCGAAUUCAGGGCCAAGUGUGAGGAGAAUCAACGCUCUAUCAAUGACUUUACAACUCAGAGAGCAAAACUUCAAACAGAAAAUGGGGAGCUCAUCCGACAACUAGAAGAAAAAGAAUCUCUAAUAUCUCAGCUGACGAGAGGAAAACAGUCUUAUACGCAACAGGUUGAGGAUCUCAAAAGACAACUAGAAGAGGAAGUGAAGGCCAAGAAUUCCCUGGCCCAUGCAGUGCAGUCUGCUCGCCAUGACUGUGAUCUGCUGAGGGAGCAGUAUGAGGAGGAGCUGGAGGCCAAGGGUGAGCUCCAGCGUAGUCUCUCCAAGGCCAACUCUGAGGUGGCUCAGUGGAGAACCAAGUAUGAGACUGAUGCCAUCCAGAGGACUGAGGAGCUGGAGGAUGCAAAGAAGAAACUGGCUCAGCGACUGCAGGAUGCAGAAGAGGCUGUGGAAGCUGUAAACGCUAAGUGUUCAUCCCUGGAGAAGACAAAACACAGACUGCAGAAUGAGAUUGAAGACCUCAUGGUCGAUGUUGAGAGAUCUAAUGCAGCUGCUGCCGCUCUGGACAAGAAGCAAAGAAACUUUGACAAGGUCCUGGCUGAGUGGAAGCAGAAGUAUGAAGAGUCACAGAGUGAGCUGGAGAGCUCCCAGAAGGAGGCCAGGUCUCUCAGCACUGAACUCUUCAAGCUGAAGAACUCCUAUGAGGAAUGUCUGGAUCAUCUGGAGACGAUGAAGAGAGAGAAUAAAAUUUUGCAAGAGGAAAUAACUGAUCUCACUGAGCAACUUGGUGGGAGUGGAAAGAGCAUCCAUGAACUGGAAAAAAUCCGGAAGCAGCUAGAACAGGAAAAGAGUGAGAUUCAAGCUGCUCUGGAGGAAGCAGAGGCCUCCCUAGAGCACGAAGAGGGUAAGAUCCUGAGAGCCCAGCUGGAGUUCAAUCAGGUAAAAGCCGAUAUUGAGCGCAAGCUGGCUGAGAAGGAUGAGGAGAUGGAGCAGGCAAAGAGGAACCACCAGAGGGUCGUAGAUACUCUACAGAGCUCUUUGGAGGCAGAGACUCGCAGCAGGAAUGAAGCUCUGCGGCUGAAGAAGAAGAUGGAGGGAGACCUCAAUGAGAUGGAGAUCCAGCUCAGCCAGGCCAACAGGCAGGCGUCUGAGGCACAAAAACAACUGAAGGCUCUCCAUGCACAUCUGAAGGAUACUCAGCUACAGUUGGAUGACUCUCUCCGUGCCAAUGAUGAUCUGAAGGAGAACACUGCGAUUGUAGAGAGACGCAACAAUCUCCUGCAGGCAGAGCUGGAGGAGCUCAGGUCCAUGGUGGAGCAGACAGAGAGAGCCCGUAAACUGGCUGAACAAGAGCUGCUGGACGUCAACGAGAGGGUGCAGCUACUGCACUCACAGAACACCAGCCUGCUCAACCAGAAGAAGAAGCUGGAGGCGGAUACAUCGCAGCUUCAGACCGAGGUAGAGGAGGCUUUGCAGGAAUGCAGGAACGCCGAGGAAAAAGCCAAGAAGGCCAUCACUGAUGCUGCCAUGAUGGCGGAGGAGCUGAAGAAGGAGCAAGACACCAGUGCUCACCUGGAGCGCAUGAAGAAAAACAUGGAGCAAACCAUCAAAGAUCUGCAGCACCGUCUCGAUGAAGCUGAGCAAAUUGCCAUGAAGGGGGGCAAGAAGCAGGUGCAGAAGCUAGAAGCCAGAGUCAGAGAACUGGAAACUGAAGUCGAGGCAGAACAGCGGCGGAACAGUGAAGCCAUUAAGGGAAUACGCAAAUAUGAGAGACGCAUCAAGGAGCUCACCUAUCAGACUGAGGAGGAUCGUAAGAACAUGGCCCGCUUGCAGGACCUGGUGGACAAACUGCAGCUGAAGGUGAAAUCCUACAAGAGAGCUGCAGAGGAGGCUGAGGAACAGGCCAACACCAAUCUCGGCAAGUUCCGCAAGCUGCAGCACGAGCUGGACGAGGCUGAGGAGAGGGCCGACAUCGCCGAGUCUCAGGUCAACAAGCUGCGUGCCAAGAGCCGUGAUGUUGGCCCAAAGAAAGGGUUUGAUGAAGAGUGAAGCUCUCUGAUGGACCUUUCUGACCACCUCUGCUCUGCUCUGCUCUGCUCUGCUGUAGUUCCUCCCUUUACUAUCACAGUCCUUUUCCAGUAAUUGUGUAGAAUAAUAAAAUUUGU